CUUGCUUCCCCUUUUCCCUCCCGGGCACGGAGUGGCCUCCCUGAACAGCCCAGCCCACAGUCAGCUGGGGACAAGGCUGGGCCAGCCUGAUACCGGGGCAGGGGAGGCUUUAUCAGGCUGCAGGCGGCCAGGAGAGAGCCAGCCCGGCGGCGAUGGCAGGCAACGAGCUUCCAGGGGCCUCUUCUCACCCUCUUCCUUUCCCUUUCCCUGCAGGUGCCACCGCUGAGCCAGGGCUGGCAGUGGCAGGAUGGCGACCUCCAGGGCAAAGCCACCGCCGCAGCCGCAGCCCCUCCUCCUGCACGUCCUCCUCCUCCUCCUCCUGGUGGUGAUCUCUGCCUGGGCAGACGAGCUGUUGGUGACCACUCAGACAGGACAGGUGCAGGGCAUCCGGAUGCCGGUCCUGGAUGGCCAUAUUUCUGCAUUCCUGGGCAUCCCCUUUGCUGAGCCCCCUGUGGGCCCGCUGCGGUUCCAGCGCCCUGAACCCAUCAGGCCCUGGAGCCACGUCCUGGAUGCGUCCGCGUACCAGCACGCCUGCUACCAACUGGUGGACAAUACCUACCCAGGCUUCCUUGGCACAGAGAUGUGGAACCCCAACCGGAACAUGAGCGAGGACUGCCUCUACCUCAACGUCUGGGUGCCCUCACCACGCCCCAAGAACGCCACCGUCCUGGUUUGGAUCUACGGGGGCGGGUUCUACAGCGGCUCCUCCUCCCUGGAUGUGUACGAUGGCCGGUUUCUCACCUACACCCAGAAGAUUGUCUUGGUCUCCAUCAGCUACCGGGUGGGUGCCUUUGGUUUCCUGGCCCUCCUGGGGAGCCAGGAGGCCCCAGGCAACAUGGGGCUCCUGGACCAGCGCCUGGCUCUGCAGUGGGUCCAGAAUAACAUCCAGUACUUUGGGGGCAACCCUAAAGCUGUCACCAUCUUUGGAGAGAGCGCUGGGGCAGCCUCCGUCGGAAUGCAUCUCCUUUCAGCCCAGAGCCGGCCUCUUUUCCAGCGAGCCAUUCUGCAAAGCGGGACACCCAACGGGCCGUGGGCCACCGUCACCCCGGCAGAGAGCCGGCGCCGCGCCACCCUGCUGGGCAAGAGGGUGGGCUGCCAUUUCACCAACGACUCAGAGCUGGUGAGCUGCCUCCGGUCCAAGAGCCCGCAGGAACUGAUUGACGAGGAGUGGUCCGUCCUGCCCUACAAGAGCAUCUUCCGCUUCUCCUUCGUGCCCGUCAUCGAUGGGGAUUUCUUCCCAGACACCCCCGAGGCGAUGCUCAGCACGGGGAACUUCAAGGAGACCCAGGUGCUGCUGGGGGUGGUGAAAGACGAGGGCACCUACUUCCUGAUCUAUGGGGCCCCGGGGUUCAGCAAGGACAACGAGAGCCUCAUCAGCCGAGAGAACUUUCUGGAAGGGGUGCGCCUCGGCGUGCCCCAUGCCAACGACAUCGCUGCUGAAGCUGUGGUGCUGCAAUACACAGACUGGCAGGACGAAUACAACGGGGAGAAGAACCGGGAGGCCAUGGAUGACAUUGUUGGGGACCACAAUGUCAUCUGCCCCGUGAUGCAGUUCGCCAGGCGCUACGCCGAGCAUGGGAACAAGGUCUACACCUACCUCUUUGACCACCGAGCCUCCAACCUCAUCUGGCCCCUCUGGAUGGGCGUCCCGCAUGGCUAUGAGAUUGAGUUUGUUUUUGGCUUGCCGCUGAACAACAGCCUCAACUACACUGCUGAGGAGAAGGAGCUGAGCGAGAGGAUGAUGCGCUACUGGGCCAACUUUGCCCGCACUGGGAGCCCCACGGACGCCUCAGAGAAGGACGCGGCCUGGCCCCAGUACACCCUGGCCAAGCAACAGUACGUCAAGCUCAACACGGAGCCCCUGAGUACGGAUCGCAGCUUCCGAGCCCAGAUCUGCGCCUUCUGGAACCGCUUCCUUCCCAAAUUGCUCAAUGUAACAGCGUCCGCCAGGCCUUGCACUGAUCCUGGUCCCCUGCCAGAGCACCUUACACCAAGCACCAGCCCGGGGGCCCCCUCCGGGUCAUCUGCCCGGCUCCUGCCGCCCCUCCUCCUCCUCCCCCCACUGUCUUGAGCACCCUGCAGAUCGAAAUGAAGAGGAGUGGGAGGAAAUCACCCCUGCACCCCAAAUUGGGGGGGGGGUUGUCAUCCUGGCAGCUGGACCGAGGAUCAAGGCUGUGGGAAGGCUUCAACGCCAGGAAACAAGGAAGGAGGGCCCCCAAGAAAUGGGGGGGGGGAGAGCAGACACAUCACUUGCUGGGCAGCCAGAAGGAAGGAGACACAGAAUUCCAUGGAAAGCUGACAUCUGGAUUGGGGGGGGGGGGGGAAAUAAUUUAGAGUUGUGCUGACAAAAAUGCCAUGGAGAAAUCGCACAGGGAGUGUCUCUUUUUUUUGCUUUUUUACAAUCUGCUUUCUUCUCUGCAGCCCAUUCCAACCACCAAUGAGCCUCUCCUGUCUAUGCACAGCAACAAACGAGACAUUUGACACAAGGGGAGGUGGGCUCCUUUCCCUGCCGUCCCCUGGAGGCACAGGGGGUCUGAGCAGGCGUACAGGGUGUCCACAUGACCCACGGAAGCUUAAGCUGCUUCAGGCAUACAAGCCCACACCUGCUGUUCUCGGCCAGUUCCCCCCCCCAUCCCCU